AUGGCGGCGGACUUAGAGGCGGAGGUGCAGGCCAUUGACAAGAGCCUGCUGGAGUGCUCCGCUGAGGAGAUCGCCGUGAAAUGGCUGCAAGCAAAUGACCUUCAGAAAGAAGUAUACCAGCAUCUGGCCUAUUAUGUACCAAAAAUCUACUGCAGGGGUCCUAACCCUGCCCCACAAAGAGAAGACAUGCUGGCACAACAUGUUUUGCUGGGACCAAUGGAAUGGUAUCUUUGUGGCGAAGAUCCUGCAUUUGGUUUUCCAAAGCUUGAGCAAGCGAACAAACCUUCCCAUCUCUGUGGCCGUGUUUUUAAAGUGGGAGAGCCUACGUAUUCUUGCAGAGACUGUGCAGUUGACCCAACUUGUGUGUUAUGCAUGGAGUGCUUUCUUGGAAGUAUUCAUAGAGAGCACCGAUACAGGAUGACAACAUCAGGUGGAGGAGGUUUCUGUGACUGUGGUGAUACAGAAGCUUGGAAAGAAGGUCCUUACUGUCAAAAGCAUGAACUUAACACUUCAGAGACUGCAGAAGAAGAGGAUCCUCUUGUGCACUUACCAGAAGAUAUGGUAGCAAGAGCUUAUAACAUCUUUGCCAUCACAUUUAAAUAUGCAGUAGAUAUAUUAACAUGGGAAAAGGAAAAUGAAUUGCCUGGCCUAGAAAUGAUUGAGAAGAGUGACACUUACUACUGCAUGCUGUUUAAUGAUGAAGUCCAUACCUAUGAACAAGUUAUUUAUACUCUUCAGAAGGCUGUCAACUGCACGCAGAAGGAAGCUAUUGGUUUUGCAACAACAGUAGAUAGAGAUGGACGUAGGUCUGUUCGAUAUGGAGACUUUCAGUACUGCGAUCAAGCAAAAUCAGUAAUAGUGAGAAAUACCAGUCGUCAGACAAAGCCAUUGAAAGUACAAGUUAUGCAUUCAUCUAUUGUUGCCCAUCAGAGCUUUGGUCUGAAGCUCCUAACUUGGCUUGGCAGUGUUAUUGGAUAUUCAGAUGGCCUUCGUCGAAUAUUGUGUCAGGUUGGUUUACAGGAGGGGCCAGAUGGUGAAAAUUCUUCUCUUGUGGAUAAGCUGAUGCUAUAUGAUUCUAAACUGUGGAAAGGAGCUAGAAAUGUGUAUCACCAGUUAUUCAUGAGCAGUCUACUUAUGGAUUUGAAAUACAAGAAACUUUUCGCUAUCCGCUUUGCGAGAAACUAUGAGCGAUUGCAGAGUGAUUUUAUGAAAGAUGACCACGACAGAGAGUUCUCAAUUGCUGACCUCUCGAUACAGAUAUUCACAGUGCCUUCUCUUGCCCCCACCCCCCCCCCCCGCAAAGAAAAUCUCAUGACCACUAUCAUCAAAACUUUUAUGGACCACUUAAGGCACCGUGACAUCCAAGGCAGGUUUCAGUUUGAACGUUACACUGCUCUGCAGGCUUUCAAAUUCAGGCGUGUUCAGAGCCUUAUUUUGGAUCUCAAGUAUGUGUUGAUAAGUAAGCCAACUGAGUGGUCAGAUGACUUGAGGCACAAGUUCCUAGAGGGUUUUGAUGCCUUCUUAGAAUUACUCAAAUGUAUGCAGGGUAUGGAUCCAAUAACUCGUCAAGUAGGACAACACAUAGAAAUGGAACCAGAAUGGGAAGCAGCAUUUACGUUGCAGAUGAAAUUAACACUUGUUAUUUCAAUGAUGCAGGACUGGUGUGCAUUAGAUGAAAAAGUGUUAAUUGAAGCUUACAAGAAAUGCCUGACUGUGUUGAUGCAGUGUCAUAGUGGUUUUACUGAUGGAGAACAGCCUAUUGUUCUCAGUAUGUGUGGACAUUCAGUUGAGACCAUCAGAUACUGUGUUUCUCAGGAAAAAGUUAGCAUUCAUCUCCCAGUUUCUCGUUUACUUGCAGGCUUGCAUGUUUUGCUGAGUAAAACUGAAGUGGCAUAUAAGUUUCCAGAGCUGCUACCCCUGAGUGAACUUAGCCCGCCUAUGUUAAUAGAACAUCCACUACGAUGCCUAGUCCUAUGUGCCCAAGUGCAUGCAGGGAUGUGGCGAAGAAAUGGGUUCUCUCUUGUUAAUCAGAUUUAUUACUAUCAUAAUGUGAAGUGCCGGAGGGAGAUGUUUGACAAGGACAUAGUAAUGCUUCAGACAGGUGUGUCUAUGAUGGAUCCAAAUCACUUCUUGAUGAUAAUGCUGAGUCGCUUUGAACUUUAUCAAAUAUUUAGUACUCCAGACUAUGGCAAAAGAUUUAGCACGGAAAAUACUAACAAGGAUGUUGUUCAACAAAAUAACACUCUUAUAGAAGAGAUGCUAUACCUCAUUAUAAUGAUUGUUGGCGAAAGAUUCAGUCCUGGAAUAGGACAGGUAAAUGCAACAGAUGAAAUCAAACGAGAGAUCAUCCAUCAGCUGAGCAUCAGGCCGAUGGCUCACAGUGAAUUGGUAAAGGCAUUACCUGAAGAUGAGAACAGAGAGACAGGAAUGGAAAGUGUGAUUGAAGAAGUGGCAUGUUUCAAGAAACCUGGAUUAACAGGCAGAGGGUUGUAUGAAUUAAAACCAGAUUGUGCCAGGAACUUCAAUCUGUAUUUCUAUCACUUUUCAAGGGCAGAGCAGUCAAAGGCAGAGGAAGCACAAAGAAAGCUGAAAAGACAGAACAGAGAAGAUACAGCACUCCCACCGCCAGCUCUUCCUCCUUUCUGCCCACUUUUUGCAAGUCUGGUUAAUAUUCUGCAAUCUGAUGUCAUGCUGUGCAUUAUGGGAACUAUACUGCAGUGGGCAGUAGAACACAAUGGGUAUGCCUGGUCAGAGUCCAUGCUGCAAAGGGUUUUGCAUUUGCUUGGAAUGGCACUACAAGAAGAAAAACAACAUCUGGAGAAUCUCAGUGAGGAGAAUGUUGUAACAUUUACCUUCACUCAGAAAAUAUCAAGACCAGGAGAGGCACCCAAUAAUUCCCCUAGUAUACUAGCUAUGCUAGAAACACUGCAAAACGCACCUCAUCUGGAGGUGCAUAAGGACAUGAUCAGAUGGAUAUUGAAGACUUUUAAUACUAUUAAGAAACUAAGAGAAAGCUCUUCUACAAGUCCUGUGGCUGAGACAGAAGGAAAUAUUAUGGAGGAGAGUUCACGUGAUAAAGACAAAGCUGAAAGGAAGCGAAAAGCUGAGAUUGCCAGAUUGCGCAGGGAAAAGAUCAUGGCCCAGAUGUCUGAGAUGCAACGGCACUUCAUUAAUGAAAACAAAGAACUCUUUCAGCAAACUUUGGAGGAGCUAGAUACUUCAACCUCCGGAGUACAUGAAAAUAGCCCUGUAAUUUCAGAUGCAAAACUCACUGCCUUGGGACCAGAGCAAACUAGAGUAGCUGAACACAGACAGGUUGUUAUGUGUAUAUUGUGUCAGGAGGAACAAGAAGUUAAAGUGGACAGCAGGGCUAUGGUCUUGGCAGCAUUUAUUCAGCGAUCAACUGUGUUGUCUAAAAAUAGAAACAAAAUUACUCCAGACCCUGAAAAGUAUGACCCAUUAUUCAUGCACCCAGAUCUGUCAUGUGGAACACAUACAGGUAGCUGUGGACAUAUUAUGCAUGCUCAUUGUUGGCAAAGGUAUUUUGAUGCUGUCCAAGCGAAAGAGCAACGAAGACAGCAAAGAUUACGAGUACACACAAGUUACGAUGUAGAAAAUGGUGAAUUCCUUUGCCCACUUUGUGAAUGUUUAAGCAACACUGUUAUUCCACUGCUUCCUCCACCAAGAGUUUUGUUUAACAGGUCUGUUUACUUUUCAGGCCAACCAAACCUUACUCAGUGGAUCAAAACAAUAUCCCAGCAAAUAAAAGCGCUGUAUUUACUUCGAGAUGAAGACUGUGCAAGCAAUUCUGGUAAUUCAGAAAAAAUGGAUCAGCUGCAAUUACCUGAAGGAUUUAGACCAGAUUUCAAACCGAAGAAUCCUUAUUCUGAGAGCAUAAAAGAGAUGUUGACAACUUUUGGUACGGCAACAUACAAAGUAGGCUUGAAGGUUCAUCCAAAUGAAGAAGAUCCACGUGUACCUAUAAUGUGCUGGGGCAGCUGUGCUUACACGAUACAGACUAUAGAACGAAUUUUAGCUGAUGAAGAUAAACCAUUAUUUGGUCAUUUACCUUGUCGACAGGAUGACUGCCUUACAUCAUUAACAAGAUUUGCAGCAGCUCACUGGACAGUUUCAUCUCUUUCAGCAGUACAGGGUCACUUUUGUACUCUCUUAGCAUCACUGGUGCCUAAUGAAAAAAAUGGAAAUCUUCCUUGCAUACUUGAUAUUGACAUGUUUCAUUUAUUGGUAAGCUUGGUGCUCUCUUUCCCUGCCAUACACUGUCAGGAUUUUUCAGGGGUUAGUCUUGGCACUGGAGAUCUUCACCUGUUUCAUCUUGUCACUAUGGCACACAUAGUACAAAUUUUACUUACCUCAUCAACAGAAGAGAAUGGCAUGGAUCAAGAAAACACUAACAGUGAAGAGGAAGUAGCUGUGCUUACACUGUAUAAAUUUCUUUGCCAGUGUACAGGAAGUGCCUUGAAAGAAAUUUCCUCAGGCUGGCACCUGUGGAGGAAUCUAAAAGCUGGAAUCAUGCCUUUCCUGAGAUGUUCUGCUUUGUUUUUCCAUUACUUAAAUGGAGUCCCAGCACCCUCAGAAGUUCAAGUAAAUGGAGCAAACCAGUUUGAACACUUAUGUAGCUAUCUUUCCUUGCCAAACAACCUCACUUGCCUUUUUCAAGAAAAUAGUGAGAUUCUGAACACGUUAAUAGAAAGUUGGUGCAGUAACAAUGAAGUAAAAAGAUAUCUGGAAGGCAAGAGACAUGCUAUCAGCUAUGCAAGAGAAUCCAACAAGCUAAUAGACCUUCCGGACGACUACAGCUGCCUCAUUAACCAAGCAUCCAAUUUCUCGUGUCCGAAAUCAGGUGGUGAUAAAAGCAGAGCCCCAACGUUGUGCCUUGUGUGUGGGACCAUGCUAUGUUCUCAGAGUUACUGUUGUCAGACUGAAUUAGAAGGAGAAGAUGUUGGAGCCUGUACUGCACAUACGUACACGUGUGGUUCUGGUGUGGGCAUAUUCCUUAGAGUACGAGAAUGUCAGGUGCUAUUUUUAGCUGGAAAAACAAAGGGCUGCUUUUAUCCUCCUCCUUAUCUCGAUGACUAUGGAGAGACAGACCAGGGACUCAGACGCGGGAAUCCCUUACACCUGUGCAAAGAACGAUUUAAAAAGAUUCAAAAACUCUGGCAGCAGCACAGUAUCACAGAGGAAAUUGGACAUGCACAAGAAGCAAAUCAAACACUAGUUGGCAUUGAUUGGCAGCAUUUAUAAUGGUUAUCUACUGAAGACUGGAACUUUAUUAAGAUUUUUGUAACUCAGUAAGCUUUUCAAAGGAGGGAUUAGGAAAAAAAGUCUGAGGAAAAAAAAAAAACAAGACCAGUCCUGUUAUUUAAUCUUUGUUUUACAAUGUAUUUCAUAAAGAUACCAGUUAACAUUAAUCAAGUAAACUUCUUUCUAUGUAAGCAAGUUUUAUUAGUCAUAUAAUUUGCACUGUGCUUCCUUCACAGAAAUGUCUUGGGUUAUAAACCUGGGCAAAUGAACUUGAGUUUCUGAUAAAAAAAGAAUGACUCUUUUUGGAAGUCUGACUAUGAUUUUUCUUAUAAACUGCAAGAGAAAAAGACUGCUGAAACAGAAACUAGAUAGAGCACAAUUACAGAUUGUGUUUUGCCCCUUGCUAGUAAUCUGAGCCGGUUUAUUUAUUAUUCUGCAUUUUAAUACUUAAGCUGUGUGUACAUGCAAUGGAAUGAAGUAAGGAAGCAAAUAAUGUAGCAAAAGGAUGUUUCUGUCUGCAUCAGUGGAUAAUUCACUCUUUCACUUGGUGUAUCUAAAAUGAUUUUGUCAUUUGUACUCUUGCAGCUUUCUUGCUUCCAGUGGUUUUUUAACUAAAAAAACCUAACACUAGCUUUACAAGUAAAAUAAUUUAAUUUAAAGCUUUUUCCAGAGCAUUGCACUCCUUAGAAUUAUGUAGUUUGUAAUUUGAAUUUAGCUGGGAAACCCUUUCACUUUCAAUUAUGUGAUUGGUUAUUGGUAUUCAAGGGUUGACAUUGUGCUUUAGAAGAUAUUUUAAGAUAAUGACAAUACGUAAAACGUCAUGAAAGCUAAUUUUAUGUUAAUUUGCAGAAGCACAGAGGGUAUUUUCUUCAUUUUUGUUAACAGUCAACUUUUAAGGUGCAAAUCCCAUCUCCUUUUUGUUGCAGAUGAACUAAAUGGUUUCCUCUGGCUUUGAAGGGCCACAAUCACACUGCCCACAUUUUUGCAUCUAUUCUUUUUUUUUUUUUUUUUUCUGUUGUCCCAUCAAGUAUAUUUACUUUUUGGCUUGAUUUAAAGCUCUGUAAAGAUGUUUGCAUAUAGUAUAUUUUAUAAAUAUAUUCUAUAACUGCGCAGAUUUGCACUUGAUACGAGGGUGCCUGAAGGCAGUGAGUUUUCUAGUUGUAUGUAAUUAGACCGCCAAGAUGUCUCUAAAAAGUGACAUUAUGCUUACUGAUUUAAAAUAAAAUCCAUUACCUUUAUCUCUCUAUCUUCUGACAAAUUAGUAAGAUCUUAAUUUACAUAGUUCUGUUUCCUUAAUAAUCUGUGGUUCUUUUAGUUAAGUCUUACUUUCUGACUACGUCUUCAGCCCAGAUAAGCAAUCCCUUUACUGUCUGCCGUGUCUUCAGUUACACUUGGUCUGACUGAAUUGUUUCUAUUUUUACAGAUUUAAAGCUUCAGAUAAAUUUUGUAUAUUCAUGGUGUACAGGACAAUUUUUCAAACAUUCAGUAACAGUAUUGAGUGAAGAUGUGAAGUAUGAAAUAAAGAAACUUGGCCAAU